CAAAAAACGGAAUGGGCGAGACCCCCGAGAUUCCCCUCUCAGUGACCUGCGGCGUGUAGUGAGCAUGUAAUCCACGGUUCCAUUUCCACCCGUAGUGCACCAAGUUAGGAAAAGCAACCUCCCUCACGACCAGCACUCGUCCCGGUCAUCAUGUCUUCCCUUCGCCAGCAAACCAUCGUCCAGUAUUCUAUUCUUGUUGCGGCCUCACUCUUCGCCUACGGUGGCUCGCUGCACGGAACGUUCGUCUUCGACGAUUCGGCGGCGAUCGUCAAGAACAUGGAUGUACGUAAUGUGGCCACACCGUUUCGCACUCUGCUGCGACACGAUUUCUGGGGCAACAAUCUGACCGACCCAACGAGCCACAAAUCCUUCCGUCCACUAACCGUACUUAGCUAUCAGCUGGAGAGCCGGAUCCUCGGUCUCAAUGCCGGGCACAUGAAGAAACUGAACCUGGCCCUUCACACAAUCUGCAGUUUGCUAGUGUUGCGAUUGUUUCAAGUCCUGUGCAGUGAAGGUGAACAACACAUUCGUACCGCCUUCUGGGGUGCCUUCCUGUUCACCGUACAUCCGGUACACACGGAGGCAGUGGUUGGGAUUGUGGGACGAGCGGAUCUCCUAACGGCCAUCGGAUACAUCACGAUCAUGCUGCUUUACCUGCGAUGGAUGGAUAGUGGUCGAUCCCAACGGUGGGGAUUCAUUGUGUAUCCAGUGCUUUUUGUUCUCACCAUUGUUUCGAUGCUUUGCAAAGAAACAGGAAUCAUGGCGCUAGUCAGCUGUGGAGCAGUAGCCUUACUGAAACGCAUCAAAUGGCCACUACGUGGCUCAGUGCGCGAUCUUCUCCAUACUCAUCGGUCUUGCCUGGGGAGAAUCAUCGUGCUGGCGGCACUGUCACUGGCCGCUCUCACGCUCCGUCUCUGGAUUAUGGACUUUAAAAGUCCCCGGUUCCAUCGAAUGGAUAAUCCGGUCGGAGCAAGCAACAGCACACUAACGAGGGUGCUCUCGCAAAGCUUUCUUUACUGGAUCAACCUUUGGCUGCUCGUAUGUCCGGAUCGGUUAAGUUUCGACUGGGCCCUCGGUUCGAUACCGCUGAUCGAACAUCUGAACGAUUUGCGGCUUUUGCUGGUGGCACUGUUUUAUGGUCUCAUCGCGGUGCUGUUACUUCGAGUGCCGUCUACGAAACGCACCGAAGUUACACUCUCCCUAGCCCUCACCAUCAUCCCGUUCGUCCCUGCGUGUGGCAUCGUUCGAGUCGGUUUCGUGAUUGCAGAAAGGCUACUGUAUCUCUUCGAUUUCUGUACGAUUUUUCAAGGGGUAUUGUCGAACCCGCGAUAUUCUUAUCAAGAAUGGAUAUGGUUUUGUGGAAUUCGAGGACUACAGGGAUGUCGAUAAUAAGCUAGGAGAAGGGGUGGUCGUGGAACCGGCGCGUGGCAUCGCCCGAGGACCAAGCGGCUACCGUGAACGAGAUCGGUAUGAUAGGGUAUGGUGUCUAGUAAGGAACCCUCCGAUUAGUAUUAAUAACACGCGAUCCCUUGGACUGUUGGUUUAGAUAUAAAAGCAAUUCCAGGACCAGUUCCCGCUAUGGUCCGCCACUAAGCAUAGAUCACUUCAUACAAAAUAUGAGUGGAAAAUAUUCAAUUAUUCUGUUAAUUUUUAAGUUUAACAUUUACCUUGGUUGUGUAGAAACAACCUUAAUCGACCAUUAAUCAAUGGUCAAUACCGUUGAGCUAGCAAACCUUGACUCUGAUGCCAUUUGCACCGUAUGGCAUAAGAUACAAGUUAAAAUGAAAGGUUGUGGAAAAAGAUCUAAUCAAACUGCAUAACAUGUAGUAUACUUUAACUAACCAAAAGACAAUGAUGAACGGUCUAACCUCUUCUGACUAUCCAGAUAUUUGUUUUGGUUAAUGCUAGUCUUGCGACACAUUCUGUAUAUAUUACUACAACUGGGAACUAUGAUCUUUCGACUUUUAAUUUCAACUUGAGCAUAUGUUGGAAUUUCGUAACCUCAGAAACAACGAAUUAGCUCGAUUGUAAUUUUUUGAAAUGAUCCAACAAGCCAGCAGCCCUAUCCAUACACUAACGGCCCGAUCAACUGAAUCUGAUAUCAGUCCAUCCAGCGGCGAUGAAUUCAUCCGCGUAUCCCUGAUGGCAUGAAGGGCAAGAGAGGAAUAUCAAAAACGAAGAUCGAACUGACCAGAUGGGCAACACACGAUGGGCCAGCAAAAGCAAAAUAAUGUUCACGGGAAGCAGCCGCCAAGAGGAUGAAGUUAAGAAGGAUGGUAAUACAUGGCCACAUACAAGGAUACCGGGAGAAACUCCUUGUUAAGAAAGAUGUAGAAUUUAUUUAAGCAGCAACAGCCAUUGCGCUACUAAGAUGAGCAACCGUGUAAUAUUUAUCGAAGGCGUGUAGUGGACACCGAAAGAAGGGGACCGUCUGGAACAGGGCUUCCCAACACAAGAGACACAACGGAACUGAUCGGAACUUGAGUAGAUCGUGCCGUUAGGUGGGUGCUUAAUGGAUCGUUAGCGAGCUGUAUAGCGGGCCUUUUUCUUAAUAUCGUUGUGCACAAUGUGCAAAGUGAUGGGUUUUACGGUUCCACUUAUAAAAAUGAGUUUUAUACAAUUAUUAUUUAAAAACGGAAUAAAAUCAGGCCAUUACUGAAGUGGAUAGUAAUUGGUAAUC